AUGGAAUGGAGCAAGGAGCAGGGCGUCAUGGUGAGCGGGGGAGGGAGGAUCGAGCGGCUCUUCGAUGCUCCUCGAUUCUCAUGGAAGGAAGAAGACCUCCCGCACUUCCACAAGGCAAGGACAUGCUCCUGGGUGAAAGGAUCAACCCACGCAGCCUUCGGCAAGUGGAAGAGAGAGAAGAGGACGCACGACAUCGUUGUCGGGGCAUGGUUCCGCCCUCUCUUCCUUGGAGGGUGGAUACACUCGGACAGCAGGACUGAGUCAGUGUACAACCUGCAGACCCCUAGUCUCUUCAUCGACCUCCGCAUCCCCAACCUUGAGGAAAACAAGAAGUGGCAGGACAUCCAUGGCUUCUCUCAGCUCUCUGAUGUUGACUUGCGCUUGUUGGCUCGCCGCCAUUGUUUCGCUGGAUACUCGCUGCUGAACCAAGGUGGGCCAUGGACGAUUGAGAACCCUCCUGUCUGCACUCGCCAUCAUGCGAUCGACUGGAACUUUGUGGGGAAGAUGAGGCCGAGGCCGAACAAGUGGAGGAUCGAGAUGAGAGAGGACGGGAAAGUUUGGAAAGAGUGGGGAUAUGCGAGAGAUGAAUUCGAUCAGCACAUCUACUUGGAACGCUGGGAGCUCCUCCCGGAAGGGAAGGGGCCAUACCUUGCCUUGACAAGAGAUGAGAGGUAUGGUCGAGAAGCUAUCUUGAUCGUCUGCGGGGACCACUUCAACUUCGCUAUGGACCGACCCACAAAGAUGCCGUUCGAUCCACAGCGUCAGCAGGUUGCGAGCUUGCAGGAUCUUGUGGACUCGCUGGUGGACAAGGGGGAUCGUGAAGAGGCUAUCAAGUACCUGAGCCUCGAGGGCUGCCAUGGUCGCAUCAGCGGGAAGCAAGCAUGGGUGAUCGACAAUGCUUUACAUCCUUGGAUGAUCGGCAAGAAGAUUCUAAGCCCCGACGAGGUCCAAGUCAAGUAUGCAGAGAGAAAGGUGCUGUGGAAGGGAGAGGAAUGGCACAUUUUCGAGGACUCGUUUGGCCCCAACGGACUUCUCAAGUUGUUCACUGGAGGCAUCGUCGACAAGAAGUCUUCCCUCUGA